AUGCCCCGCAAAAGCUUAUCCUCCAAAGAGACUCCGCCAAUAGAAGACACUCAUGGAAGACCCCGACGGAGUGUACGCAAAAAUGUGCUCUACAAUAAUGCGGACUAUGAGUUGGGACAUAUGGAAACUGCCAACUCCUCAUCUUCAAAGAAAACAAAAGCGCCCGUGCUGGAUGUAGAGGAACCGAACCUGGAAAAAUUGAAACCAGACCAGAAACCCAAAGAAAUUCAUAUCACACGAGAUGAAGACAUGGACGUUGCAAUGGAAUUCGAAAUUCCACAUGAUAAUGAUGGUCCUCCAGUUCUUGGUUCCGAAUACGAUGGAGACAGUACAGUGGAGUACGGUGGAAUGGAUGAUGCAUCUGAUGACGAGGAGGCGCCGGAUUUGGAAAAGAAUCCAUUACCAAAACGAAGAGGUCGACCGAGACUACCAGAUGGACCCAAAAAUCGACGCAAGGUACAAGUGAACUUGACUACACACAUUCCCCGAGUACUUCCCCCUACAGUAACCCAUGCGACAAAUCGAAAUCAGCGAAUUGUGAAGGUGUUUCGGGAUGAGCUGGAAAUAACACCUGAAGGGGUUGCCUACGCAGUUGUGCUCGACGGUUGUUUGACGGAAUUUAUGAGAAAAGAAAAAAUAAUUGAGAUGUUGAUCAAUGUUGAUGAUUACGCUCAACAAUUCCAAACUAGCAAAGAACAAUGGUUUCUACCCAAACCUCCGCGUCUACCUCCGCUAACCACUGAAAAGAUGUGUGCCGUGUUCUACGUCGACGGACAAACAUGCAAAAACGCGAAGGACAUCUCGUUUGAUGAACUCCGCCCAUGGAGCUCUACAAAUGAUUGCAACAAAUCUUUCAAAAUCAAACCGAAUGUCCGGAGACAUCCGGUUGCUCGUCUCAAUGGGGAAUUGAGGAUUGUUAAACACGAGACACGUCUGGCGGAGUUUCAUUUGACAGAGUACACCGCUCGAUUGCCGAGAGAACAAAGAUUGAGAAAGAAGAUUUUCUACUUGACCCGAGACAACGCGAUUGUUGGAAAUGUCCUCAUCAUCUACGAUUACGUUCGUGAAGGAAUCGCCCCGGUUCCGAUCAGUCUUCCUCACGGAAAUAAUCGUCUACGAACAGCUGCAAUGGAUAAUGUAGAUAACGCAAUGGAACCAGAUACAGAGUCACCGUUCGAAGAAGACACUUACGAAGGAAUGCGCGGUGGUGUCUACCUGAAAUUGAGAGCUGGAAAAUUGGGUUGGGCACAUAACAAGGAGCUUCUGUUGGACUAUAUGUACAACAACCAAGACUUGUUCAAUCAAGUACGAAAUCUCAACCAAUCCCGUCCAGAUCUGCCGCCCCUUAUUGAAGAUGUCGGGGUAUUUGUCUACUUUGUAUCAUCUCAAUACGUUACCAAUCAGCUUCAUCAUGCGGCGGACGGAUUGUCACCGUGGACAACCGCAUCUCAAAACGAACGCGACGAUGUGUCAAGACCAUCUAGAGUUCGAUCAACAAAACGACCACUGUACUCUGAGUCGGAUGGAACUUUCACCUUGGUACGGGAUCAGAAAGAGACAACUGACACGACUCUGUUUGAGACAAUGACGACGUUGGCGAGAUGCAACAGAGUCAGAAAGAGGGUGCUGUACAUCCAACAAAACGCGUCUCGUCUUCUUGGAAAUGUUUGCUACAUUUAUGAGUUCUUGACCGUCGGACCUCUUCCGGAACUCAUUACAUCGCCAGAGAAUAAGCCCGGCCACUCAACCAGAUACCCAAAAAUGGAGGCGCACAUGAUUAGUAGACAGGCUUCAUAUGAAGAUGAACCGCAACUGAUUCAUCCCCCAAUUACUCAUAAAAAGGAGGCGUCGAUCAUGAUUAGUAGCCAAGAAUCAUAUGACGAACUUGUCGCUGACGAGGAUGACAUGAUAAUGUCAAAAGAUAUGAUGGAGUCCCAAGUGGAAGAACAACUACAGUAUCCUGACAUGCUGCAAAACGGCUAUGACGCAGAGUUCCAGGAGCAGGACGAUCCAAUCGACAAUUCAGAGAAACCAGAAGCGUACUACGAUCUGGUCCGUGAGUUGUCAACUGGUCAUGUAUAUUUGACUGUCCGCCAUAAGAAGAUGGUGACUUCUACGGAACAUGUCUUGGAAUGGAUCUGCAAUUCAAAUCAUGUUGAAGAGCGCGGAGUUCUCAACCAAACCAAGCCAACUCAUCCACCAAUAGUCACCAACGCACGUGCCUACGCUUUCUUCGUCGCCGGAACCGCUAUCGUCCCACAUGAUAUCACUAAAGACGAUUUCUCCCCAUGGUCUCACAGUGGUACUGAGGAGAAUCCGACGUGCUACCGUACCAAAGUCCGGAAGAUGGGAGUUAUUGUCGAUCCGGAUACUUCGAUAUUCAUGAUGAAAGACGGAGAUUACAAAGAUUGCCCAUUCCAUCUGGUCCACUUGUACUCUAUGAAUCCAAGGAACCCAAGAUUGAGAAAAAAGAUUUACUAUCUGAUGGAAACUGAAUCCAAAAUGGUGAUCAGUCACGCUCUGAUUCUCUACGACUAUAACUCUUCUGGAGACAUUGUGAAACUCAACGCUGGCUUGUACAAGCCCUUGCCAAAGAAGAUGUUGAGAAGUGCCGCGCAAUUCGAUGCUAAUGAUCCAACGGACGACAUUCUGGUUCAGGAAGCAGAUCGUGUGUCGCCAUUCAACUUGUCACCACAACAAACCGUUGAUGGUACUUAUUACCUUGAAAUUAUUGACACGGUAUUCUGGAAUGAUCGUAAUCGACAAAUUCAGUAUCUGGUUAAUGAGCCGAAUAUUGUAGCAAGCCUGGGAUGCCUCAACAACAAAGUGCCCAACCUCCCGCCGCCCAUUUCAACGAGAGGAAUGUUUGCGUUUUUCGUCAAUGGGGAAGAAGUAAACUGCCGUUUAUUGACAGCAGACAAACUUGCGCCAUGGUCUGAGAGCUCGAAUUUCAAUUCAAAUAUCACUACUACAAUGCGUCCAAAAACUGCAAAGACCCCACUAAAACUGAAUAAUCACGGCCAACUCCGCGUUCAACGGACGGUCAGUGAGCCUACUGGCUACCAACUCCACACCUACAUGGCGACACUACCUCGGUGUCCUCGUCUCCGAAAAAAAGUUGUCUAUGUCGAACGAAACGGACGACAGUGUGGACACGCGUUGAUCAUGUACAACUAUACGGAACAUGGAGACCCGCCACUACCGCUGUCCAGCAUUCAAGACUGGUAUAAUGAGCUCGAGGAGCCAAUCCGUGAAGAUAUCCAACAACUGUCGAAAUCGAUGACACCCGCUGAAGUGGUCAAGAAUAUUUUUGAGUUGCAUGGUGUCCAUAUCAACCCUGAGUGGAUUUACAACUUGAGACACCGGACACGACUUCAAGAUGUGAUGGAGCCUCAUGUUGAGGAAGUUUUGGUCGAGGAGGAUGAGAUGAUGGUGGAUGGAGAAAUUGUCAUUGAGCAGAGUGAAGUUAUAGAGGCUUCACCAAUUCCAACGCCAUCGCAUUUCCUUGAGAAACCAACGCUAGUCACUGGAUAUGUUCGUGGCAAUCAGAGAUACGAAGCAAUGUGGCGAAUCGCUCAGAAACAGUACAACGACACACACAUUGAUGACACGUUCGACAAGUUAUUCAGACUGCUCUACGAGAAGGAUGAGCAACGUCUUCUUCAUGUUAUCUCUCAACAAUUCAAUGUGAAUAUUAUUGCUGGAGACAUGAUAGAGGAGGAGCCAAUGAACUUUGAUGAUCAAAUGACGGGUCAUUUUCAAGAAGCGGAAUUCGUUCCCACGGGUGAUAUGAACGAACAACUCGAUGAUAACAGUAUCCCAUUUACUUGA